AUGCGUGGUUUUCCCAAGGGGGGAAGGUCGAGGUGCCGCGCGCUUUUAGGGUUGGCCUUCGCAGCCUCAUCUCCCCUCGCCCCCCUCUCUCCCCCCGCCCCCCUCGCUCCCCCCGCCCCCUCUCUCCCCCCGCCCCCCUCGCUCCCCCCGCCCCCUCUUUCCCCCCGCCCCCCUCUCCCCCCCCGCCUCUCUCCCCUCUCUCCCCCCGCCCCCCUCGCUCCCCUCCCUCCCCUCUCUCCCCUCGCUGCCCUCACUUCCCUUGUUCCCUUCCCUGUCUUCUCCUGCCAUUCUCUCUGUGUGCCCGCACGGUCCCUCCGCUCCUCCUCGCUGUUUCCACUCCGUCCUCUCCCUUUCCCCCUACCUCGUCCUCUCCUUAGUUUCCCCUAUCUCCACUGCCCUCUCUCCAUUGCGCUCUCUCCUCCCCUCCACUCACUCCUCCCCUCCAUUCUCCCUUCCCUCCAGGCGUGCGAUUUCGCAUUCAACAACUCGCUGGGCUUCGUGCCGCUCUACGCGCUCUCUGUCAUGCAGCCAGACGUGCCCUUCACCCAGGGGAUCCUGCACAGCAAGCGAUCGGCGCCGGCGAUCUCAGGAAAGCUCAAGCCGAAGUGUAAAGCUGUGAGUGUCUGGAAGUUCAAAGCGCUCAAGUGUCCUCCAAUCUCAGUGAUACCACCUUCCAGCUCAUCGUCUCCAAGCAUUCGCUUUGCAGCUAAAGGACAAGUGUCUGGAAAUGGGUACAGCGGAGCGUGCUUCACCAUGAGCUUCUCGCAAUUGUUGGUGAAGCUAGGGAGCGGCCCCAAGGGUAUACUUAAGUUGGCAUCAGGGGAUGGCAAUACACAGUUUCCUGAG